UGGCGGCGGGGCGGGGCGGGGCCGGGGCCGCGCUCGGGGCCGGGAUGGGGGAGUUCGAGGUGCACCGCGUGCGCUUCUUCGGCCUGGUGCCCGCCGGCGUGCGCUGCCUCGCCUACCUGCCCCGCGGCCGCCGCCUGGCGCUCGCCCGCACCGACGGCGCCGUGGAGGUGUACGGGCUGGGCGGGAACUGCUUCCAGGAGAAGGCCAUCCCGGGGCACCAGGCCCGCUCGGUGGAGGCGCUGUGCUGGGCGGCCGGGGAGCGGCUCUUCGGGGCCGGCCUCAGCGGGGACAUCACCGAGUACGACCUGCAGCGCCUGCGCCCGGCCCGCGCCGUCGACGGCUUCGGGGGGCCCAUCUGGAGCAUGGUGGCCAACGGCGGCGGCACGCGGCUGGCGAUCGGCUGCGAGGACGGCUCGGUGAAGAUCUUCCAGGUGGUGCCCGGCGGCAUCCAGUUUGAGAAGAACCUGGACCGGCAAAAAGGGCGCGUGCUGUGCCUCUCCUGGCACCCCUCGGGGACCCACAUCGCAGCCGGCUCCAUCGAUUUCAUCCGCGUGCUCGAUGUCCGCUCAGGCCGGACGGUGCAGAGAAUCAUGGUGAACUACCACGUGCCAAAGCCCAAGAAGCGCGAGUGCGUGGUGUGGAGCAUCGCCUUCCUGUCCGACGGCACCGUCGUGAGCUCGGACUCGUUCGGGAGGGUGCAGUUCUGGGACUGGGAGCGGGGCACGCUGCUGGAGUCCCACACCGUCAGCACCUCGGCCGUCCUCUCGCUGGCUGUGUCAGAGAAGGAGGACAGCAUCGUGGUGGGCACCUCGACGGGGGCCACCUACCAGUUCCAGCUGCUGCCGGUGAAGGCGGGCGGCCAGGAGAAGCGCUGGGUGCGGACGAAGCCGUUCCAGUACCACACGCACGACGUGCGAGCCGUGGCGCACAGCCCGACAGCUCUCAUCUCCGGAGGCCUGGACGCCCAGCUGGUGAUCCGCCCGCUCAUGGAGAAGGUGCAGAGGAAGGGCUACGAGGCGGUGCUGCGCAAGUUCACCUUCCCCCACCGCCGCCUCGUCUCCUGCGCCAGGAAAGCCCGGCUCCUCCUCUUCCAGUUCUCCCAGCACCUGGAGCUCUGGAGACUCGGCUCCACCAAUGAAACCGGAAAGGACGGCGAGGUCCUUCCCGUCUGCCGCAUGCCUGAGCACCUCCUGCAGCUCAAGAGCAAGGGUCCCGAGCACAUCUACUGCAGCUGCGUCUCACCCUGCGGCAGCUGGGUCGCCUACUGCACGGCCUCCCGCUUCCACCUCUACCGCGUGCAGCACGAGGGCGACAGCGUCAGCGUCAAGAAGGUCCCCGGCGUGCCCAAGCUGCUGCUCCCCGCGUACCAGCUGCAGUGCGCCUCCGACUCGGGCCGGCUCUUUGUCGCCUCUGACCGAGGCUCCGUCCACGUCCUCCAGCUGCUGGAGCCGGGGGGCUGCAAACACCUGCACACGCUGCGCCCGCCCGCAGGCACGGCCGAGGCUGUUUACCUGCUGGCAUCGAGCGCUGAUGGGAACUGGCUGGCGGCGGUCAGCGGGGACUGGGAAAUCCACGUGUACAGCCUGAAACACUUCAAGCACCACUGCACGGUGCCCACCUACAGCUGUGCGGUGACGGCCCUCGCCAUCCACCCGGCCACCAACAACCUCGUCAUCGCCUACGCGGACCAGCAGCUCUUCGAGUUCAGCAUCCCCGAGAAGCAGUACACGGCCUGGAGCCGCACGGUGCAGAACUGCGGGCUGCACAAGGCCUGGCUGGAGAGGGACACCCCCAUCACCCACAUCGCCUUCAACCCCCGGAACCCCGCGCACAUCCUGCUGCACGACGUCUACAUGUUCUGCGUCCUCGACAAGUCCCUGCCCCUGCCCGAUGCCAGCGCCCCGCUGCUCAACCAGAGCGCCCUGAAGCAGCUCCCGGAGCCCGCCCGGCAGCGGCAGCUGCACGCCUUCAAGAUCUGCAAGAAGUUCCAGCCGCUGCUGUUCGCCGAGCUGCUGGAGGAGAACCGCCUGGUGCUGGUGGAGCGGCCCCUGGCCGAUAUCCGCGCCCAGCUCCCGCCGCCCGUGCAGCAGCAGCAGCCGUUCGGCACCUAGCGCCGCGCAAUAAACCGCUGCCACCGCCGG